AUGGCGCAAAUGCGUACCGUGAGCCAUCCGUUCGAUGCACACUUCAAACUAGGCUAUACGGGAAAUUCAUAUGCAGUCAAGCCAGUAUUGUCCGAGACCAGCUUCCGCCGAGGGGCGCCUUGGCCCAUCAGAGAAGAGCGUAUGGAGAUCGACGUGAGAUUCGGUUGCUUUCUGGAUUUACCGGCCGACAUCAGGUCGGAGACUUAUUCAUACUUCACGAAGCUGCCAACCACUGAGGAGUAUGGACUUGGUGUUUGCGACCUAACAUACCCAAUGGGCGCAGCCGUCGGGGGCAGCGGACUGGAAGGAGCACGAUGCCAUCCUCAAGACGUGGAAGUCUCCACCCUAUGGUUGCCACCAGAUCGCCGCAGAUAUAGCACCAUUGGUGAGUCUAAAAAGAAGUGGGAUGGGUACGUAUUCGAGGCCAGCAGCGUUAAGGUCCAGCGGAUCAUCACAAGGGGCACAGCAAUAGACUUUGGAGACCGCUUCCUCCGAGCACUCCCGUCAUACAAGCUCUUCAAUAUCCGAUACAUCGAGUACGACGCUUCCAUCUGUGGUAGAUAUAUCUGGCAUCCGAACUUGUGCAUGGCCUUUCCAUACGGCAAGCAGAUAAUCAGGAUCCUCACGCCCGAAACAACCAACAUUGACUUUCAGGGCUUAUCCAAUCUGUCAGAUGUCCUCCGGCAGUACAAGGAUGCGCUCAGCUCCCUGAAAGAAGUGAAGCUCUACGGCGUGCUUGAUGGAGAACUUCGGCAUAGUCCCAUCCUGGAGAAAGAUGUCAGCGAUGCUCACAUGGUUUGA